AUGCUCCUACUGAAUCGCUUACUUAGUCUUGCUGUGCUCGGAGUUUCCGCAGUUCCAUCCGUGUUGUCUAUCCAGCCGGGCUUUAACUAUGGUUCCGAAAAAGUGCGAGGUGUCAAUCUAGGCGGCUGGCUUGUCCUCGAGCCUUGGAUCACCCCAAGUAUAUUCCAGAACACUGGCAAUAGUGCUAUUGUCGAUGAGUGGACCUUCGGCGAGUAUCAGGACUACAACACCGCCUUGGCCGUCUUACAAAACCAUUGGAACUCUUGGAUCACCGAAGAUGACUUUGAAGCCAUUGCAGCAGCAGGCCUGAACCAUGUUCGUCUCCCCGUCGGAUACUGGGCAUUCGCGGUCGGUGCAGGAGAACCGUACAUAACUGGACAGCUAGAAUAUGUGGACAAGGCCAUUACCUGGGCGUCAAACCAUAACCUCAAGCUCAUAAUCGACCUGCACGGUGCCCCUGGCAGUCAGAACGGUUUUGAUAAUUCUGGUCAAAGAAUGCAGUAUCCAACGUGGCAGACCAACCAGACUGACAUCGAUAGGACAAAUGAAAUUAUCGAGACCAUUGUUUCUAUGGUCGGUUCGCAGUACGAAACAGUGCCUGUCAUUGCACCAUUGAAUGAACCUGCAGGAUAUAACGGCAGUCAAAUGCUCUCGGUCGUGAAGCAAUAUUGGCAAGACUCAUAUCCAGACGGUUCAUCCACAGAAAGUAACACAGUCGAGCUCAUUCAUGACGCGUUCCAAGACCUCAGUUAUUGGGAUGGCUAUAUGGUCGACGGGUACGACGGCGUCGCAAUGGACACUCACAUCUACCAGAUGUUUACAAACCAGCAAGUUGCCUACAACUAUUCUGAGCACAUUCAGGAGGCGUGCAGUCAUGGCUCCAGUCUCGCCGACUUUGACUUGUGGAUAAUUGUCGGUGAAUGGACCCCUGCAUCAACAGACUGCGCGACCUGGUUGAAUGGUCGCGGUCGUGGAGCACGCUAUGACGGAACCUUGUCAGGCUCAACCGCGGUCGGCAGCUGUACAGGCAAAACAGGCAAUGCGACGACCUUUAGCGCAGAUUACAAGCAGUUUAUGCGCCAAUACUGGGAAGCUCAGGUGAUCUCCUACGAGAAAGGCAGUGGAUGGAUUCAGUGGACCUGGAAAGCUGAGGAUGCGGAUGAUUGGAGUUACCAGGCUGGGUUGCAGUAUGGAUGGAUACCACAAAACCCAACUGACUUGGAGUACCCGAACAUUUGCGAUUGA